AGUAAUAGAUAUGAGUAAUAAAAUCUAUUAAAUCAAUAUAAUAAUAUAUAAGAUGAUAAACACUUUACCAUAAGGAUCCUCACUUGGCAUGCCAUGCCUCUCCGUUGGCUAGCAAUACGCCACCCGUUAGGUUGACCCGUGACCCGUCAAAAAUUAUGAAAAUCAUCCCAAAUAAUAGCACUUAAAUCUCUGUACUUAUCGUUGUCCAGCUCAUGAGCCUAUCUUGGCUAAGUCCGUUGGGUAUGACUUGGGCCUAAAAUUGCUCCCAGCCCUGCUUGUGAAAAGGCUUGAGCUCCAUUUUGCGGGUCAACCCGACCACCCUUAUUUACAAUAUAUAUAAAUAAAUGCCCCCAACAAUGGAACUGGUUACUUUUGCUAGCUAUAUAGACGGCAGAGACUAUUACACUUCACUCUCAGGUCUCUCUCAUCUUUCAUUCCUGGUAUUAAAUAACCUUCAAAUCUCUUCAAAGCACUCUCAUCCACUACCAUCCCUCUCUUCUCUCUGAUGGCCACUACAUCUGCUGAAGAACCUCCAUCGGAGCCACUCACAUACCAGACAUGGGUUUUGAAAGUCCCCAUCCACUGUGAAGGAUGCAAGAGAAAAGUCAAGAAAGUUCUACAAAGCAUCGAUGGUGUUUAUACCACAACCAUUGAUUCGCAGCAACAAAAAGUCACAGUCACUGGAAAUGUAAAAGCAGAGACUCUGAUCAAGAAACUGAUCAAAACCGGAAAACACGCUGAGAUUUGGCCGGAAAAAGUCGCCGGAAAAGAGAAGAACUCCGGCAAAUCAGAGAAUGGAAAAGGCCCAAAUGGAAGUGAAAACAGUUUUGUUGAGAAAACAGAAAACCCAACUCAGAAUGCCAAAAAUAGUGGCGGCGGCGAUGGUGGUGGUCCCGCCGGAGAGAAGUCCCCGGCGAAGGAAAACAAUGGAGCUGUUGAGAGAAGUGGUGGAGGGCACGGUGGUAAAAAGAAGAAAAAGAAAGGGCAUAAAGGUAAUAAUGGUAGUGGCGGUUCAUCUUUAUCUGGUGCACUGGCAAGCACUGGAUCUCAAAAUCAAAAUGUGGGUCCAGCUCAAGUUAUGGAUCAGAUUAAUCUGGGCCUUACACGUCAGCAUCCAGACCCAUACCCGCCAACAUUUGUACCUGAUCCGGCCUACGUGGUCAGUUACAAUGCGGCCCACCCUGGUAAAAGCGGUGGUCCCAAUUACUACAUUCCAUCAUCACCGUACACGUAUGCAUACGUGCAACCUCAGGUUUAUGCAGUGCAUGCUACGCCGUUGGAUUCUUUCCAGAUUUUCAGCGAUGAGAACCCUAGUGGGUGUCAUAUCAUGUGAUCCAUUUUGUUGGAAUCAGACGGUGGUUGAUGUUUUGAUCAUGAUGAAGAUGGCUAGAAAUGCAUCGAGUAGUGUUUAGUGCAUGGAGAGAGAAGAUAGGUCAUGUUGUCAAAAUGUACAUAUCUAUCUAUAUAUCUAUA